UUGGCCGGAGCAGCCGAGGGAGGAAAAUGGCUGCGAGUUCCUCGGUAGUCUCGGUGGCCGCGGCCGCCGCCGCGGUACCAGGCGUGUCCACUAGCGCGGAUUUCUCAGACUUGCGGGAAAUUAAGAAGCAGCUGCUGCUCAUCGCGGGCCUCACUCGGGAGCGGGGCCUGCUCCACAGCAGCAAAUGGUCCGCGGAGUUGGCCUUCUCUCUGCCCGCCUUGCCUUUGUCCGAGCUGCAGCCGCCGCCGCCUCUUACAGAGGAGGAUGCCCAGGAUGUGGACGCUUACACCCUGGCUAAGGCCUACUUUGAUGUUAAAGAGUAUGAUCGGGCAGCACAUUUCCUGCAUGGCUGCAAUAGCAAGAAAGCCUAUUUCCUGUAUAUGUAUUCCAGAUACCUGUCUGGAGAGAAAAAGAAGGAUGACGAAACAGUUGAUAGCCUAGGACCCCUAGAAAAAGGACAGGUGAAGAACGAAGCCCUCAGAGAGCUGAGAGUGGAGCUCAGCAGGAAACACCAGGCCCGGGGACUCGAUGGGUUUGGCCUUUACCUGUACGGGGUGGUGCUUCGGAAACUGGACUUGGUGAAGGAGGCCAUUGAUGUGUUUGUAGAGGCUACUCACGUUUUGCCUUUGCACUGGGGAGCCUGGUUGGAGCUGUGUAACCUCAUCACAGACAAAGAGAUGCUGAAGUUCCUGUCUUUACCCGACACCUGGAUGAAAGAAUUCUUCCUGGCUCAUAUAUACACAGAAUUGCAGCUGAUAGAGGAGGCCCUGCAGAAGUAUCAGCAUCUCAUUGAUGUGGGCUUUUCCAAGAGCUCAUACAUCGUUUCCCAGAUCGCAGUUGCCUAUCACAAUAUCAGAGAUAUCGACAAAGCCCUUUCUAUUUUUAAUGAGCUGAGGAAACAAGAUCCUUACAGGAUUGAAAAUAUGGACACAUUCUCCAAUCUUCUUUAUGUCCGGAGCAUGAAGUCUGAAUUGAGUUAUCUGGCCCAUAACCUCUGUGAAAUUGAUAAAUACCGAGUAGAAACAUGCUGUGUAAUUGGCAAUUAUUAUAGCUUACGCUCCCAGCAUGAGAAAGCAGCCUUAUAUUUCCAGAGAGCCCUAAAGUUGAAUCCUAGGUAUCUCGGGGCCUGGACAUUGAUGGGGCAUGAGUACAUGGAAAUGAAAAACACAUCUGCUGCUAUCCAAGCUUACCGACAUGCCAUUGAGGUCAACAAGAGAGAUUACAGAGCUUGGUAUGGCCUUGGGCAGACCUAUGAAAUUCUUAAGAUGCCGUUUUAUUGCCUUUAUUACUAUAGGCGGGCCCACCAGUUACGUCCCAAUGAUUCCCGUAUGCUGGUUGCCUUAGGAGAAUGUUAUGAGAAACUCAAUCAACUAGUGGAAGCCAAAAAGUGUUAUUGGAGAGCAUAUGCUGUGGGAGAUGUGGAGAAAAUGGCUCUCGUGAAGCUGGCGAAGCUUCAUGAACAGUUGACUGAGUCAGAGCAGGCUGCCCAGUGUUACAUCAAAUACAUCCAGGAUAUCUAUUCCUGUGGGGAAGUAGUGGAGCACUUGGAGGAGAGCACAGCCUUCCGCUAUCUGGCCCAGUACUAUUUCAAGUGCAAGCUGUGGGAUGAAGCUUCAACUUGUGCCCAGAAGUGUUGUGCAUUCAACGAUACCCGGGAAGAAGGUAAGGCUUUGCUCCGCCAGAUCCUCCAGCUGCGAAACCAAGGGGAGGCGGCCAGCACCGACACGCCGGGCACCUUUUUCCUCCCUGCCUCACUGUCUGCAAACAACACUCCCACCCGCAGAGUUUCUCCACUCAACCUCUCUUCAGUCACUCCGUAGUUGACGACGCUCAAGUCAGCUAGACCAGUAUUAAGCCUUACCUCCAGUAAAGAACGGCCACAUCUGUUCUCCCAAGGACCUAAGCUCUUCUCAUUUUUACAGAUAGAAACAGCCUUGGGGACAGCCUAUGGAAUCACCUUCAGAGGCAAACAGAAAUAUGGCGGGGACAGGCACUGUCCUCUGCCAGCCCGCACUUCUCUCUUCUUUUCAGAAUAGCAGGUCUUGGCCUUCCCACAGUCUCCCCACCUCCAAAAAUCCCUUUUACAGCACUUUACCAUAAGUGAUGCUAUAGAAACAAGGUUUUAAUGCUGCUGGGAGUGGGAUAGGCAAGGAAGGGAGUCAGAGUAUCCUGCUUGUCUUCUGACAGUAGGAAGGUCAGGUGUUGAACAGUAAUGACCUCUUUUUUUUUUUUUUUUUUUAAAGACAGGGUUUCUCUGUAGCCUAGGCUUGGGUCUUCCUGCCUCAGCCUUCCUAAUGAUGGGAUUACAGGCAUAUGCCAUGAGACCUGGCUAGAAUGACCUUCAUUUUGCUGAGUGUGGCCUCUGUUCUGAUGUCAGAGACUAGAUUUAAAUAGAGUGUAGCUAUCCAUAUGUUCUUUGGGAGACAGUUUUCAAAGGAAGUCUUCUAAAGCCUUUCAAGUGGAAGUCUCAAUGAGCAUGAACUGUGGCUCCUAUUGAGGGCAAAAAUGGCUAUAGCAUUAACUCUACCCAGAUGAGAAAAUACAAGGAGACCAGAUAACUUCAUGGACAUUUGAAAGUAAUUUUUUGUAUUUCAGAUAUUAAAAUUCAUGCUGGUGUCUUUUAGUAAAUGGUUGAAGCAAUUGUUUUUUUCUUUUAUCUCCAAAAGAAUACUUUGUUUUCAACCUUAUCUACAAGGUAGAGGGAAUCCUUCUGUUCUUGUAGGUUUCAAAUACACUUCGAUGUUAUGUUUGUGCUGUAUGAUGCUAUUGAUCAUUCUGUGUUUAGGAUGUAGCCUUCCUUGUGCUCAGAACAUUUUUAUUCCCCUCUUACUUUUGAGACUUCAUUUAUAAAGAAAAAUUAGCUGGGCAUAGUGGUGCAUGUCUUUAAUCCUAGCAUUUUGGAGACAGGCAGGUGGAUAUUUUGAGGCUAGCUAUCCACACAGCAAGUUUCAGGCCAGUGAGAGCUACAUAGUAAGACCUGUCGAAAAACCCAGCCAACCAACCAACAAAACCAAACCUUUCGAAUACUUCUGCCAUUUGACUCAUUUCGUAGUACACCUUAGGCUGGUUCCCAUUGCUGUUCCCGUCCAAGGGUCCAACGGGCUAGGUGGUAUUUAUAUCAGUUUCUGUUCCCCUUUUUAUAUUUUUCUAAGUUUGGUAUCCAAAUAAAAGCAUAAACAAUGUCUUUA